AUGAGUGGGAGUGAGGAGGAAUGGCAGCCGUGUGGCAAAGCUUCAGCCGUUGCCUACAUAGAAGUGAAUGGGCAACGCUUGCAAGAGGCCAGUGCUGUCGAGCUGCAGCAUUUAGAUCGUGUUGUUCUUGGACGAUCGGUGAUGCUUUAUGCCUUUGUAAGACCCGGCACCUCAAUUCAUGAUCUUCCGGCUGACAGAUUGCCCGCAGCGCGCCCCUCACAACAAGAAUUGUUAAUUCUAGAGAUUCUGGGAAAGGAGAGAGCUGAAGAGCCUGGCCAGCGGCAAAUGGCUUUGAAGUUCAUGGCAGACUUGAAGAAGAAUAACCUGGACACUGAUGGAGCUACCUCUGUGCAAGAAUUUCUGUUGAUGGCUCGCAAGGCUGCGCAAAUGGUGGAGGAGGCAAAUCAGAUCACAGCAGAAGUGAAACCUGGAGGCCAAACCAACUUGAAGUUUGAGCUUUGUGCCAUUGCCCCCAUUCUGGCACUUGGCUAUGGCCGCUCUUGCUGCCCAGAACUCAGCGUCCGCUUGGUGCGUCACAUUUCACCUUCGCAGGCGAAGGCCAGAGCUUCAGCCACAAGUGCCAGGCGUGCAUCCCUUCACUCCAGUGAGAUUUUGCUGGAACAGUUUGCCUCUGGAACUGGGAGUGGAGGCUCCACAGAUUCAGAGGUUCUGUACAACUGGACUUUUGAGAAGUUUUGCUCACGCCUGCAGAUCAUGCAAGAAGUGUGGCAGGCACAUUCACAAGAUCCUGACAACUUCGAUUUGGAUGAAUUCAAUCACCCCUGGUCAGAGCAAGGGCCCAGUGAACUGGCAGAGUUGAGGCAACGUUAUGAUAGCCUGCGUGACAGCAUUGUAUCAGCAGGGAAUGCGAGAAGCUCCUACGUGUCGCAUCAACAAGCACUACCUGCCUUGGGCGUGCAUUUCAGGCGCCCCAACGAAAGGCUCGAAGAAGAGAACCAGCGAUUGCGCCAGCAAGUGAGUGAGCUGAGCAGUGUGCUCCGCAAUUCUUAUGCAGGCUCCCAUGGCAUGCAUACGAGCCAACCAGCUGUGCACGCUCUUGCCCCACCGCAAGGACAAAGCGAAGUACCAAGUUCGCUGAAGGGAAUUUUGGAUUUGUCCAAGACAAACCUACUUUUGGUCUUGGACCUUUUCGACACGCUCUCACGGCUCAGCAAUAGCAUGCUCAAUGCAUCGGCAGCAUGUCUCCAGACCACUCCAGAUAGCACAGCUGUUGAUGAGGCACGCCAGCGCUUGGCGGAAGCAUCCGAAGACCUUGCGGCCUUUUUUGCUGAGACGUCUCCCAACCUCGGAGCGUUUCCACACCUCGGAGCGGAGCCAAUCGGAGUCGAUCGUCUCCAAACACAUAUUGGGCGACAACCCUGCCCUGCCGCCAGCCCCAGCUUGCCAGAACCAAGGGCCCAAAGCAGUGCCCAUGUCCUCCAACAAUUCGCGCUCUCCACAUCAGUCACUGGACCUAUGAGACCCAUUGGACCCACAACGCACUCUGCAGAGUCCCCCCAUGCUGUGAUCGUGGGCGGCUUCCCAAAAGUGCAAGGAGCUUAUUUCUUUCCGGCCUCGGAUGUGAGUGAUCGGAGACACCCAAUUCAAUCACAAGUUCGACAAAUCCGCAAUGAGAACCGCAGUGACCUUGCACCUGCUGUACCAGCAGAAGGUCGAGCGUUGGGUGUGUUUCACUCAAACUGA